UAAUACGCUGUCUAAAUAGCUUUUCUUCCAAGGAGCAAGCAUCUUUUAAUUUCAUGGCUGCAGUCGUUGUCUGCAGCUAAAUGGUAAACCUUCACGUGCCCUGAUGAAGGCUGACUGAAGCCUCUCCAGAAGGGAGUGGAGAGAGCGGGGCACAUGACACAUGCAUCCUGGACUUCAGCGCCUCUCAGCCCUCAUAAUCCAUGGUAAUUGGAAUAUUUGCCGAGUAAAUAUGCGACCAGUGUCAUAUACACCCAGCUUUCACUAAUCCCUGUUUAAAGCAGAAACCAUGAAUGAUUUAAUCCCCUCGGCUAGCCGAGGGCCACCAUGCUCCCUGGAGGAGCCCAGCCCUCGAUGACUGACUUGGGGUUAGCGUGGCUCCCCUUCCCCCGCCACUGGGGACCCAGCCCCCGCCAGCGGAGCCUCUCGAGGAGUGUCCACCGUGGGUGGCCACAGGUCUGCUGACCCGCUGUGCCAGGCCUUGUUUGAUCCCACAGAGAAGAAAUUAGAAUCCUUCUAACUCAUCGAGAAACAUGGAGUGUGUAGACCUCAUCGAGAAGCACGCUUCCGGCUCACAGUCACCCGUCCACGCCCCUCUGCUCUCCUUUUUGGCAAGUGAUGUUCCUCAGAAAGGAGCACGGGGCUGGGGUGUGGCUGCAGGAGGAAGGUCACAUCCUGCGUGUGGACGACGUGGGGCACGGUCAGUAUCCCCACUUCUCUUUGCCUGGAUUUUUUUUGGCCGUACUGCCUGGCAUGCACGAUCUUUAUUCCCCGACCCAAGAUGGUACUCAGGCCCCCUGCGGUGGUCACACAGGGGCUUACGCGCUGGGCCACCAGGCAAGUCCCACCCAGAUAGUUGGGGGUUGGCAGGAAACCCCUUUACACAGCAUGCCUCUUUCUGCAGUGUGAAGGCUGAGCAGAUCCUGCGUAACCGGAGAUCGCGGUCCUUGGUCUUUUCUUCCUCAGCCCUUCCAUCCGACUCAGGCGGAACACGGAAGGCGGCACCACUUCCAGUCACGAAGAAGCGGGCGUGCAGGAGGCUGGACGCCGCGGCGCCAGAGCGGGACUGCCCCCAGGUGAGGGUGCGCAUCCCAGCGUCCGGGGGCAGCGAGGAGCCCGAGUCCCUGGAUGCCCAGCGCAGAGGCCGCCUGCCCUCACCACGGCCCGACAGCGGCCAGCGCCGACCAGGCAUGGGGGGUCCUCCGGACGGCGGAAGGAGCCGGGCCCAGCCUUGCCCGCGGUGCAUCGCGGGAGAGUCUGUCCUGUCGUGUGGAAGAUUCGAGGUUCAGGUCCUCUUUUUGACGUGUCCGUGUGUCGAGUUGUUGCCUGUCCUGUUUGUUCUGCCUCCGGUGUGUCUCCAGACAAACCCCAUCCAGGCAGCGUGGGGUGGCAUGACGAGACAUCUCAGUCGCUUCUGCAUGAAGGGGCACUUUAACCACACGGAGGGUCGGUAGGAGACCGCGCCGGGAGAAGAAGGUCACAGCCAUGGUUUCGAGCCCUCGUGCAGCGGCGGAUGUGCUCCCCUGGAUGGACCUGGCGCCUCUUGUCCCCACAGCAGCCGCCGUGCUCCCGUUGGGAGGUCCCGCCUCCUCACUCCAGAGCCAGAGAGCCUGCGGACCUCACUCCUCCCGAAGCUGCCUUUCCAGCACAGCCUGCUGGGGACGGUCACGGCUUUAUCUGAGAGUUGAAAGUAUCCGGCAUCCAGCGUCAUAUGCGGUUUGGGAGUCCGCGUCCAGAUGGAAAGCCCCGCUCCAUACUUUUCUGUUGUUUCAAGGGUGUAUCCAGCGCUGCUUAUGUGCUCUUUUUUAAUUAAAAGUCUUAUUUUUAUAUUGAAAAUGCUCUGUAAUCUUACACUGAAUUCUCCUAAAUGUUAGCAGCCAGUCUGUUCCGUGUGAUUUCCCCAACUGAAGUUACCAGGUGUGGGACCACUUUUAUAUUAAAAUAGGAGUUUCU